AUGAUGAUCUUCUCGAAUCAUCUGGCCAUGCUUCGCAGUGAUCGCAAGCCUCAUGACGAUAAAUCAGAUUUCCUGCAGUUCUUCAAAAACGCUGAGGACGAUUCUUUCAAAGGUGUUAGCAUAGUAUUGAAGGCUGUUCUCCUUCAGGAAACGGUUGCGCAGUGCCGAUUCAUUGCAGUAGCCGGAUUUGAUACAACGGCAAACACUUUAGCACUGGCCUGUGAGCUGCUUGCGAGAAACGAGGACAAGCAGGAAGUUCUACUGGAAGAAAUAGACACCACUAGGCCGUUCACUUAUGAUAAGAUUCUGUCGAUGAGAUUUCUCCACUGCUGUGUUUUUGAGACGCUGCGCUUAUUCCCACACGCUUCACCACUUCAAAAUCGACUAUGCAUGGAAAAUUGCCAAGUAGGGGCUUAUCGUUUCCGAAAAGGUACCUGCAUUGUCAUCGAUCAGUGGGCUUUGCACCAUAAUCCUAAAAUAUGGGGAGACGACGUAGAAGAAUUUCGUCCUGAAAGAUUCUACUCACCUACGAAUGAGCAGCUUCGAGCUUUCAUGCCGUUCGGUUUGGGUCCAAGGCAAUGUGUUGGUAUGCGCUUCGCACUUAUGGAAAUAAAACUCACACUAUGUAUGCUAUUCUCCAAAUACCGGCUUCGACGAAAAGACGUUAGGAACCAGAGCAAUCACCAAGAUGCCUUCUCCCUACCAAAUUUGCGGAUUUUCCCAUUCCUUUUCCAGUUUCCACUGUAG